AUGAAAUCUAUUCCUAAGGAUGUUGAGAUAAUCCAACUCGACUCUUCUCGAGAAAUGUCUAAGGAUAAUCCUCCUUCUACUAGGGAAUCACAACAGUUGGCUACUCCUCAAUUGAACAUCGUCGAGAUGGCCUCGACGGACAUUCCUCCCCAAAGUAAUGAAGGCAAGGUUCCCUUGUUGGAGCCUCUGGUGAACACGGAAACUCCUCACCAGUCCUCACAAGAUGAAGCUCUUUCUUUCGAGCUUAAGCCUCCCAUUAGUCCAAAUCGUGACUCAACUGAUUCUCCAAAACCUUUUACUCCUUCUCCUUUGACCCAAGGCGGUGUUGAAUCUUCAGUGCCACCACUUUCUUCGAUCCCCUCUACAGAUUUGGACUUAAUCAGUUUUUUCAAUGAAGAUGAUGAGGUCGACAAUAUUUUUGACGUUCUAGAAAAUUGGACAACUGGUCCUUCUGUCUUGGAGAAGAUUCCCGAACCUGUUUUUGAGUCGACUACUACAUUUCAACCUCUGCUCGAAUCUUUCCGGUUAAAGGCCUAUGUGGAUGACCUCAAUCCAGCAUUCAUCAUUCCAGAAUUCAAAAUCGAAGUUGAGCAGAUGGUAGAUGAUUUGCUAGCCUACCCAGACCUUCCUCCUGCAAUUCACCUCGAACUCCAAGAAUUUAUCAAACCCUUCACUCUUACUUAGGAUCUCUGGUCCAAAUGGUCUAACGCAUAUCAAGAGGUGGCUCAUAUUGAAGUUGAGAGUGAGGGUGAUCGUGCCAAACUCGAAAAUCUUCGACAAGAGUUGCUCUCCAUCAGGAAAUCUAUUGAGGAGAUGAUUCCUGCUUUGAAGAAAUUGCAACAGGAGGAAGUGGAUGUCGAGAAGUCUAUUGAGGAUUUACAACUUGAGCUGAAUAACCUCCGUUCGAAACAAGUUGCUUUAAAAGCUCAAAGUCAAGUGGUUAUUCAGCGUCAAAAAAGUCUCAAGGAUGAAGGCAAGGUGAUAUCUUCGAGACUUGCGAAGACCUUGGAGCAGAAGAAACACCUGGAGACUCAGUGUGCUUCUCGAAGGCAAAGCUUGGAUGAA